AUGUCAGGGAAACAGACGAGCAAUUGCCUCUGGUUGGUUUUGGUCCUCGUCACGAUGCUUUUUCAGCCCUCAGAGUGCCAGUACUAUGGAUAUCCCUACUACGGAGGAGCUACAGCAGGAGCGGGAUCGGGCUACGGGAACAUAUACGGCAGCGGAAUGUACGGAUACCCCUACAGUUAUGGCGGAUAUCCGUACUACUCGUACCCCAGCUAUAACCCGUACUCUAUGUUCGGCGGUGGUGGUGGAUAUGGGCAAUACGGGUACCCCUAUGGAGGAUAUCCGUACGGCGGCAACGGCAUGAAUGUAGCAUACGCCAGUAGCAGUGGAGGAUUCGCAACAGCUAGUGCGGGCGGAAACGGAUAUUACGGCUGAGAGACAGAGGAACAUCGCAUGCUAAGCUAGUUUUACUGUACAUACUGGUUAAGUCUUCCUACUAUGUUAG